AUGCAUCUCAUGGCAUACAAUAUCACCAAAGACAUCAUCCAGCUCCUCUGGGGAUGGAAUUUGAGAGACUCAAACCAAGGAGUAAGGGACGGAGGUGCCUACCAAGUAAGCCUGGCAGGCAGGAUACGCAUUAACAAUGCCCUCAGGGAUGCGCGAUACACAGUGCCAAUACACGUAAGCCCUCCAAUGCGUGCUGUGGGUGAAAAGACAACAACCACAAAUUGGAAGACCGCAGAAUUGAAAGCCUGGCUACUUGUCUGUGGGCCAGCACUGCUUUGCGGAGCAAUACCAUCAGCAUACUGGGCAAAAUUCAAGCUUCUCAGCAAGCUUUACGCACUCUUGUUCAACCGUACAAUCCAGCCACACGAUGUUACCACUAUCUAUAGUCUUGCCAGACAAUUUGUACGGGAGUUUGAAGAGCUAUACUACACAAAUGCUCAGACUAAGCUCAACCACCCAGACACCGUCACGCGAGUCCAAGUGUGUACACUCCAAUCCACUCGCUUCUCCUUGAAAUCAGAAGCUUACUGUCCAUCAAGCAUGAUACGUAGCCUGAUUGAUGGCAUGCUAGACGGGGAUAGGUUCACUGUUGUGAUGCUGAAGCCUGACAAGUACAGAGUCACUGAGCCAGUGCGUCGUCUUGCACUGGAGUAUCCUAAGUCAACUUCACCUUCCAACAACGAGAUGUUCCAAACCUUGAGCUACUACGGUGUGUCUGCGCUCAACUGCGACAGUGCAGCCCUAGGGUUGAUGUAUUUGAAGUCUUGA